ACUUGGCAGCUUCUUAACUGGAGUCGCACCGCACUCCAGCGCCGCUCUUUUUCAUCCUCGCCUCAGAGCCCACCAGCUAUCAAUGCCCGAAAAGCCCGACAAUCUUUAGGCGACCGUCCUCACUCAGCUGCGUCAAGUCUCGAUAAACCCAGAAUGGCUUUUAGCUUUGGGGCAUCCAACCCCGCUGGGGGAAAUGCCCCGGCAGAAUUGGGGCCUGAGCUCCCUGAUGUCUUUACCGAUGAUGUCGGAUUCAAAGGCGUCUCUAGUGAUAGCAAUGUUCGCCUCCUUCGUACCCCUUGGCCUGCCGAUGCUCUCCCAGCCCCAACAUGCGCUCUUUUGGCUGUCGCGCCUAGCAAAGGAAUAGUUGUUGGUGCUGGUCCAGAUUCACUUUCCAUCUCCAGCUCCGAGGCUGUUAGGAAGGUGAUUUCUGCACCUUCCGGGGAGGACAAGGUUAAAACGAAACCAUUCGAGCCGCAAGCAACGAUUUCCCUUUCUGCACGACCCACACAUGUAGUCUUUUGUUCAGGCGACAGCGCUUUGGUGCUGGCUACCGAAAAUGGUGCACAGCUUUCAGUCUACGACACGGCGACUUUGUUACAGGGAAAUGCGCAACCGGCCUUGUCCGUCCCAACAAACGGCGCGUCCUUCCGCGCUAUUGUGCCGAACCCUGCGCCUUCCACCGAAGCCCAUUCGUCCUUUGUCGCCCUCGUCACUACUGGUGGCGAGCUUCUAAUUGCGGAUCUGAAGGGAGGAAACCUGAUUUCAGGGCCAAACGGAAACGUCCUAAAAAGCGGAGUUAGCUGCGUGAGCUGGAGUAAUAAGGGCAAGCAACUCGUGGCUGGACUUGCGGAUGGCACUGGGUACCAGAUGACACCUGAAGGCGUUCAAAAAGACGCAAUACCGAGACCCCCCGAUUUGGAAGAUAACUGUCAUGUAUCGUCUAUCUCAUGGCUCGAAAACGACGUCUUCCUGAUGGUGUAUACGCCGAAUGCCGAGGAGGAUGAUAUGGGGCAAAACCCUCCAUCAUCAUAUUACAUUAUUUCUCGAAGGAAGCAAGCGCCAUUCCUUAUUCAGAAACUGCCAGAAUUAUGUGCACCUUGGGGUCUGAGACGUACCCCCGCCUACCAAUUUAUGGCCCGCUUGAGGGACUACAAACCACACCUCAAGGAUGUUUUGAUCGUGUCUUCUACAGCAUCUACUGAUGUGGGGCUUAUUACACGCUCCGAUCAACCUCUCGCAAGUGAUGAUGCUGCUAAGGGCACCGUAGGGUUGUUCACAAUGACUGAAGUCAACGACGAUACCAAAAAGGCCUCUCCACCUUUGACAGACUCUGGUGAUGAAACCUCGGUCAUCGGUUUAGGCCUUGAUCUUUCCAGCACUGAAAUUGUGGUGGCGCCAAUCCAGGGCGAAGACAUUGCUGAGAGUUCAACUCCUCUGCCAAACUUAUUGCUUCUCAACCAUGAUGGCAUCCUCUCAUCAUGGUGGUUCAUAUAUUCAGAGUCCAUCCGUCAGAAGUUGCCAUAUCAGGGACUGGCAUCUUUGAAUCAGCAACCACAACAACCCCAAGCCCCAGCCCCAGCUCCAGCGCUGCAAGCGCCAGCACAACCCGCAUUUGCACAGUCAGGUUUUGGAGCCUCCGCGGCAUCAAGUGGGCCGUCGCCGUUUGGAAAGCCCUCCACAGCAGCCCCAGCAUUUGGUAGCCCUUCAACUUUUGGUGGCAGCCAGAAACCAUCUUUCGGCACACCAUCAUUCGGUGCCCCUUCUUUCGGAUCACCAUCCCAAAUAGGGUCUGGCUUUGGUGCGCCCAGUGCACCAGGACAAGCUGGACCGCAAUUUGGAAAGUCAGGCUUCGGCUCAAUGGGCACAUCGUCUUUUGGGCAACCGUCAACCCCCGCAAAGCCUCUCGGAUCUCUUCCUUUUAGCACACCGGGAGCGACCUCAGGGGGUGGGUUUGGCUCGUUCGCAGGAGGAGGCGGGAGCGGGUUUGCUAGCUUUGCAAGUGCAAAGCCAGCUGGUGAGUCACCCUUUGGCAAACCGGCGACAGCAAACCCCUUUGGAAAGCCUUCUGGGGCAUCCAUAUUUGGCGGCCAGACCGAUCAAAACACGGCCUUCGCCUCUCCAAAGACCGAUCAACAAAAGCCCGCUUUCGGUUUAGGGUCCAAUGGUUUCGUAUUAGGCUCUGCCUUCAAAGGCGAUGGCAGCGCAGCGAACGAUGGCCCGAAGCCCGAGAAGCCUUCCGGGCUGUUCUCUAUGGGCGAGUCUUUGGAUGAUAUGGUUUCUACUCCCUCAAAGCCUAGUCCUCCCACGGAGUCUAUGGAUGAUAUGGAUGAUGAGCCUGUCGCUCCACAACCGGCACAACCUCCAGCCAAGGAGUCUGCCCCAACUCCAGCACCAGUACCGUCGUUGUUUGGCCAGCCUUCUAAGCCUGCUGCACCAUCUGGACCAACGCCUUCUCUCUUUGGAGCCUUGGCGAAACCCGCAGAAGCUGCACCGUCCGGACCAACGCCUUCUCCCUUUGGAUCCUUGGCGAAACCCGCAGAAGCUGCACCAACGGCACCAAUUAGCAAACCCUUCUCAUUGUUUGGGAAUGCUGGUGCUAGAAAGCAGGUGACCAGUCCUCUAUCCCCUCCGUCGGAGAAAACAAGUGUCCCGAGCUCAACCCCAAAGAAGGAGCAACCGACAGAUGUAGAAAACACCCCUAAAAUUCAGCCGGAAGAGGCACCUCUACCUCCUGACCCGACCACCAAGGCCUCCUAUGGUCCAGGUGAUACAUCUGCAUCAUCCAAUGUAUCAAAGAGCUCGGUUGACGAUGCGCCUCUUCCUCCAGACUUUGUGACAAAACCGAAGCCCGUUUCUAAAGAUGUUGGAGAGCCUCCUCUUCCUCCAGACUUUGUGACAAAGCCCAAAGAGACAAAGGAACCAGCGGUCAAAGCCGAAGAAGCACCUUUGCCCCCCGACCCCACUGAGAUAUCCACAACCAAGCCUGCAGAGACGCCUGGUCCAGUCCCCGAUGAUGGUUCAGAUGUAGAAUCUGAGCAAGAUGGAGAUGAAGAGGAAGACGAACACGCGGAUGACGAGGAACCAGCUGAGGAAGGAGACGGUGAUGAUGCAGAAGAGUCUGGGUUCACUGAUAGUGGGGAGGAUAUCACACACGACAUUAGCCACACAGAGGAAGAGGCUGAAGCUUCACCGGAAAGUUCCUUUGGAAAACCGUUUGGGACGAGUGCAGUUGGGGGAUUAUUUGGAAAAAUUCCGAAGCCAGCUCAGAACGAACAACCGCGGCAAUUGUUUGGUGAAAUCGGCAAACCUAUUUUCCCUCCAGGGGGCCGAUUCAAUCACGAACCUCCGAGAUCGCCUAGUCCAGUGCGGGAUGGCGCCCAAAAAGGCCGGCUUCGACCAGACAAUUUUAGAUCAGCUAGUGCCCCGCAGGGCCCUGGAAAUACUCUUGCUGCUCGAAAGGCCGCUCUCACGGAAACAGCGCUGCGUGAAAGCCAGCUAAAGCCUCGCCCAGCCGAAAUUAAUCGUGAAGAACAAGCUCGAUUGCAUGCCCAGGCACAGCGAGAAGAGGAGGAAGCACUGUCUCUCUCUGACGAUGACGAGGAUGAGAGGCUUCGGGCUGAUCUCGCUCGACCUCUCGAGCCCGUUCCCACACUCGAUCCAUUCUUGCCCCAUCAGGACUACACGGGCCAAACAAGCAAGCCAGGAAUUCCCGGCCAGAUCGAAAGGCUUUACCGCGAUAUCAAUUCCAUGGUUGAUACCCUUGGAAUAAACGCACGAUCCUUGUCUUCUUUCCUUCUGUACCAGCAGUCUUCGGACGACUCCAACUCCGGAAAAUGGGUAGAAACUCUACAAGGGGAUCACCCAGCUGGUGUUCUUGACGAGAAACUGCUUCUUCGCGAAAUUGAGAAACUUGACGAUGCCGUGGUUGUGCUUGCCGGAUCUCUCCAGCAACAGCGGGUGCAAGGCGUGGAAGAGAAGUUGGAUCAGUGUAGAGAGCUCUUAGGCAAAGACAUCUUGACCCUGCGGAGUCAGUGCGCUAGCAUUCAAAAGACUCUUGAUGCGCACACUGAUGCCGCUGCCAUCCUUUCAGCGCCGCUUUCUGCUGAGCAAGCCAACCUUCAGCAGGAUCUUCGAUCAGCUUCCACAGACAUUCAGGCUAGAUUAGCCGAUCUGGAACAAGGAGUAUCUCUUCUGCGAGCCAAGAUUGCGGAUGUUCCUCGUCCUGAUAGCAGCACCAAUGGUCCGCGACCACCUAUGAAACGACCUACUGUGGAGGCAGUUGCGUCUACUAUCGCUACUAUGAUGAACAUGGCCGAAAGCAAGAGUAGUGAUAUCGACGUUCUUGAAGUACAGCUGAAGAAGUUAGGGAUUGACACUACGGCGUCUCCCGCUAGUCGGGAAGGCUCGCCUUUUGCGACUCCUAAGAAGAGCCUUGCAAAGUUCCCAACGACUCCUGGCUCUCGAGGGUCUGUCGAUGUACCUGUCAGUGCUUAUCACACGCCUGAAUCUGCCUCUCGUGGCAUCAAUUUCCGAUCUAGCAUCAGCGGGUCGGCCAGGGUCAGCAGACUUCGAAGUGUCGAGGGUGUUGGUGACCUGGUGACCAAGGAAGAUAGUCAACGAUGGAAGGCCAAGACACAACGCAGGCAACACCUCGUCGGGAACCUGAAGAAGGCCAUUGGAGAAAAGAAGUCGAAGGUUAGGGGCGCGGAUGAUUUGUAGAACAUUUUUGGUGUAUUUUGUUUUGUCUUGCUAGUUUUAGAAACAGCGGGUCACGGCGUGGUUUGAAUACGAGAGAAAAAAAGAUGCGAAUGAUUAUUUAUCUUUCAAGGGUAGCAAGGGUUGUCUGUCUCUCUGUAUAUAAGAAUUCCUGUUUGGCAGUUGGACUCAAAUAUCUAAUAAUUGAUUAAUGAUGAGACUUGAUUGUUGUGAUGUCGAAAACUUGAAGCCAUC